CGUAAAGCCUGGGUAUCAGGACAAAAACAUCAUGGCGGCUGGAAAGGGCAUCGUAAGAGGUGUCCAAGGGUUUUUCAAAAAACCAGCCGUAAAAAAAGUUGUAGACACCCUCUUUCCAGAUCCCAUGUCGAGAUUGAAAUACCAAGAAAUUCUGUGGGACUUCAGCGAUAAGGAGUCUCUCGAGAAGUGGACACUGAUUACAGAUGAACAGUUUGGUGGCAAAUCAACAGCUGAAUUUGUACAAAGCCCUGGGGGAAAGGCAGUGUUUCGAGGGAAUCUGUCGACAGAAUUACCUCAAGCUACAAGUGUCAAGUACAGUGGUAUGUGUGCUAUCAGGGCGCAGCCGCACAGGGACUGGAAAGGUGAUGUUACUGCAAAUGAUGUAACAGAUUAUGAUGGCAUUGUAAUGAGAGUGCGAGGUGAUGGUCGAACAUAUGCACUGAAUGUUCAAACGCAGAGCAUCAGAGAUGAUGAUAUUCAUCAAUCUUUCUUUCAUACAAGAGGAGGACCACUUUGGGAGACAGUAAAGGUGCCAUUCACAAAGUUUGUCCUGACCAAUGCAGGUUACUUACAGGAUCAACAGAUGGCAUUUCCAAGGAUACGCACAUUAGGCUUCACGUUAGCAGACUGGAACACAGGACCAUUUCAUUUAGAAAUUGACUACAUUAAGCUGGUUAUGUUUAUGUACCAACCAAAACAUUUCAAGUACCACUGGCAAAGCAAAGUUUAGAUUUUUUCCAAUCCAGCCCCCUUUAUGAAAUUUUCCAAGUUUCCCAUGACUGCUAAAUGUUUCAGUGGGAAAAUGCUAGUUUGAAUUUGUUUGUAUUGGCCUCUGUUCAGUCUCAAUUUGGGCUUGUAUUCACCGACUAAAUAUUUGAUGUAUUUUCAUGUACAAAAUAAAUUUUGAAUCGUAAUCCAAACUUUA